CUCCAGUCGCCCAGCUGAGCGUGCUGGUCCGGUUUCUGUCCCUUCUUUGCAGCCACCAUGUUCCUGACCGCCUUCCUCCUCCGCAAUCGCAUUCCCGGAAAGAUGUGGAUCGGGAAGCACCGGCGGCCGCGGACCGUGUCCCACUUCUCCAAGGAGAACAUGAUCCGUCGCCUGGAGAUCGAGGCGGAGAACCACUACUGGCUGAGCACGCCCUACCUCACCGCCGAACAAGAGUUCGGCCACGCCGCGGUCCGCAGGGCCCGGGCCUUCGAGGCCAUCAAGGCGGCCAGCACUUCCAAAUUUCCCCCUCACCGGUUUGUAGCCGACCAGCUCGACCAUCUCAAUGUCACCAAGAAAUGGUCCUAAGUUCGAGUGUCCACCCUUCGGUGUUACAGAGGGCAAGGCUGCCUCUCGUCACCCAAUCACGGAAAUGGGCAGCGAUCGGCCAGUUUUACUUUUUUUACAGAGACAUAAGCAGAGUAAUCUGCAGCUAAACCACCGUAGUGGUACUCUUCGACCUUUUUGUACCAACGGGAUGCUGGAGAUGACCUUGGUGUGACAUAAAGCAUAUUCUGAAUGAAAAUACAAUAAAUGUAGGUUGGGGUUCUGUUCAA